AUGGGUUUCCAAAGACUCGCCGGUCCCGAUAGAGGGGAUGAUGAAACAAGUCCUCACCUUUAUGUGGCUAACUGUGGGCCCACUGUCGGCCUUUCGUACGAUGCUAUUGCCUCCGUGUUUGCUGCAUAUGGAGAAGUCAAGGGAGUCUGCGCUGCUGAUGGAAGUGGGACCCGUGUGAUCGUCUCGUACCACGACACGAGUAGUUCCCGAGCUGCCAUGAAGGCACUCAAUGGACGUCUGUGCUCUGCUCUUGGGGGACGUUCUUUACACAUUCAGUAUUCAAUGCAGUCAUUUGGUAAGGUCAACAACAUUGAGUCAGUUUCAGUAUCAACAUCAGCUUCAGACUUGGACAUCCCUGGACUUCACUUGGUUCAUGACUUUGUCACUGAUAAGGAAGAGCAAGAAUUGCUUGCUGCAGUGGAUGUUAGGCCGUGGCAACACCUUGCCAAAAGAAGAGUUCAACAUUACGGAUAUGCAUUUUGCUAUGAUAUAAGGAAUGUUAACACGAACCAAUACAUGGGUGAGCUUCCAUCAUUCUUGUCUCCGGUACUCCAAAGGAUCAAAUCAUUUCAACCACUUGAUCAUGCUGGAGAUAUAUCUUUGGAUCAACUUACGGUUAAUGAGUAUGCACCCGGCGUGGGUUUGUCCCCCCACAUAGAUACCCACUCAGCAUUCGAAGGAUUAAUUUUCAGUCUCUCACUAGCGGGCCCUUGCAUCAUGGAGUUCAGAAAGUACACAACCGGUGCUUGGCAUGAAAAGCCCGUUUCUAGUCCUGAUGCAAAGAAAGAAAAAGAUUCAUAUUUCAUUAGAAAAGCUAUUUAUCUCCCUCCUCGAUCGAUGUUGUUGCUAUCUGGCGAGGCCCGGUACGCUUGGCAUCACUAUAUUCCACACCACAAGGUGGAUAAAGUGGAGGACACUUUGAUACGGAGGGGUUCAAGAAGAGUGUCCUUCACAUUACGCAAGGUACUGAAAGGCCCUUGCCAGUGUGAAUUCCCUCAAUACUGUGAUUCUCGAAGAUAG